AUGAACCCGCAAUGUUCUAAAUGUAAAGCAGCAAUUAGGAAAUAUAACUAUUCAGUAAAAGAGAUAGAAAGAAUGAGAAACGACUAUGCAGAUUUAAAGAGGGAGGCAGAGAAGCCGGUAGAAAAUAAAAUGAACAUGUUAGAAUUUCUGAACAAAAACUAUCCAACUGCUGACGAUUUCCUUCUAUCUGACGUCAAGAAGACGUAUAAAGAAACUUUCGGUAUCGUUAAAACAUUCGAUGUACUAAAAGAAGAAAUAGAAGCUACAAAACUGUUUAGGAUUUCAAAUAUACAUCGUACAAUUCAUGUAAAACGCUUGUGA